AUUCUCUAGUAUCUUCCAGCUCCAAGAAUCUCCAUCUUUCGAGAUUCAUCUCCUUCCCUUUAAAAAACCUCUCCUCCUUCCUUCCCCUCUCGCAAAUCACAAACACCCGAAACAAAGCAAUCUACAGCGAUCUCGUUACUAAGAAGAAAGAAGUCUCAUAAUCCAUUAAAGAAAAAUCCAAAAAGAUGAAUCCGGAGAAAUUCACACACAAGACAAACGAAACAAUCGCCGCAGCUCACGAGCUAGCCGUAACCUCCGGCCACGCUCAAAUCACUCCACUCCACCUCGCCGGAGCCUUGAUCUCCGACCCCGCCGGAAUAUUCCCUCAAGCGAUCUCCAGCGCCGGCGGCAACGAGACCGCAUCACAAUCCGCCGAGAGAGUGAUCAGCCAAGCCUUGAAGAAGCUCCCCUCUCAGUCCCCGCCGCCGGACGAUGUCCCCGCGAGCUCGAGCCUCAUCAAGGUCCUACGCAGAGCGCAAUCCGCUCAGAAGUCACGCGGGGACACUCAUUUGGCCGUUGAUCAGAUCAUCAUCGGUCUUCUUGAGGAUUCUCAGAUACGUGAGUUGUUGAGCGAAGUCGGCGUUGCGGCGGGGAAGGUUAAGUCUGAGGUUGAGAAGUUGCGUGGGAAAGAAGGGAAGAGAGUGGAGAGUGCUUCUGGUGAUACGAAUUUCCAAGCGUUGAAGACUUAUGGGAGAGAUUUGGUUGAGGAGGCGGGGAAGCUUGAUCCAGUGAUUGGUCGUGACGAAGAGAUUAGAAGAGUUGUUAGGAUCCUCUCGAGGAGGACUAAGAACAAUCCUGUCCUUAUUGGUGAGCCUGGUGUUGGGAAGACAGCUGUCGUUGAAGGUUUAGCGCAGAGGAUAGUGAAGGGAGAUGUUCCGAAUAGUUUGAGGGAUGUGAGGUUGGUUUCGUUGGAUAUGGGUGCGCUUGUUGCUGGUGCGAAGUAUAGAGGGGAGUUUGAGGAGAGGUUGAAAGCUGUUUUGAAAGAAGUUGAGGAGGCUGAAGGGAAGGUGAUUUUGUUUAUUGAUGAGAUUCAUUUGGUGCUUGGGGCGGGGAAGGGUGAAGGGUCGAUGGAUGCGGCGAAUUUGUUUAAGCCUAUGUUGGCUAGAGGUCAGCUUCGGUGUAUUGGUGCUACCACGCUUGAGGAGUAUAGGAAGUAUGUUGAGAAAGAUGCUGCGUUUGAGAGACGGUUUCAGCAGGUUUAUGUGGCGGAGCCGAGUGUGGUUGAUACUGUUAGUAUUCUUAGAGGGCUUAAGGAGAGGUAUGAGGGACAUCAUGGUGUUCGGAUCCAGGAUAGGGCUUUGAUUAAUGCUGCUCAGCUUUCUGCUCGUUACAUCACUGGUCGGCAUUUACCUGAUAAAGCUAUUGAUUUGGUGGAUGAGGCUUGUGCCAAUGUGAGAGUUCAACUUGAUAGUCAACCUGAAGAGAUUGAUAACCUUGAAAGGAAGAGGAUGCAGCUGGAAAUUGAACUUCAUGCCUUGGAAAGGGAGAAAGACAAAGCCAGCAAAGCUCGUCUUGUUGAGGUGCGGAAGGAGCUUGAUGACUUGAGGGACAAGCUACAGCCUCUCACGAUGAAGUACAGAAAGGAGAAAGAGAGAAUUGAUGAGAUUCGCCGGCUUAAACAGAAAAGAGAAGAGCUCAUGUUUGCUUUGCAAGAAGCAGAACGCAGAUAUGACCUUGCAAGAGCUGCUGACCUAAGAUAUGGAGCAAUCCAAGAAGUCGAAUCAGCAAUUACCCAACUUGAAGGAACUUCCGAUGAGAAUAUGAUGCUCACUGAAAACGUUGGGCCAGAACACAUUGCUGAAGUUGUGAGCCGUUGGACUGGGAUUCCAGUGACAAGACUUGGCCAGAACGAGAAGGACAGGUUGAUUGGUCUUGCUGAUAGGUUACACAAGAGGGUUGUUGGACAAGAUCAAGCUGUGAACGCAGUUGCUGAGGCAAUCUUAAGGUCAAGAGCAGGACUUGGAAGGCCACAACAACCAACCGGAUCAUUCUUGUUCCUUGGCCCAACUGGUGUUGGCAAAACUGAGCUUGCUAAGGCUCUUGCUGAGCAGCUCUUUGAUGACGAAAAUCUCUUAGUUCGAAUUGAUAUGUCGGAAUAUAUGGAACAGCACUCUGUCUCUCGUCUCAUUGGUGCACCACCUGGCUAUGUUGGUCACGAGGAAGGAGGACAAUUAACUGAGGCUGUGAGGAGGCGACCUUAUUGCGUGAUACUCUUUGAUGAAGUGGAGAAAGCCCAUGUUGCUGUCUUCAACACGCUGCUUCAAGUGUUGGAUGAUGGUAGAUUGACAGACGGCCAAGGAAGGACGGUUGAUUUCAGGAACUCGGUGAUAAUCAUGACAUCAAACCUUGGCGCAGAGCAUCUUCUCUCAGGGCUAACUGGGAAAGUGACGAUGCAAGUGGCCCGGGAAUGUGUGAUGCAGGAGGUGAGAAGACACUUCAGACCAGAGCUCCUGAACAGGCUUGACGAGAUUGUGGUGUUCGAUCCCCUUUCACAUGACCAGCUGAGGAAAGUAGCACGCCUCCAAAUGAAGGAGGUUGCUGUCCGUCUUGCUGAGAGAGGCGUUGCGUUGGCAGUGACCGAUGCUGCUUUAGACUACAUUUUAGCUGAGAGUUAUGACCCGGUGUAUGGUGCUAGGCCAAUAAGGAGAUGGAUGGAAAAGAAGGUGGUGACAGAGCUGUCAAAGAUGGUUGUGCGUGAGGAAAUCGAUGAGAACUCCACUGUUUACAUAGAUGCAGGCAGUGGUGGCUCUGAUCUUGUGUACCGUGUUGAGAAGAAUGGAGGGUUAGUGAACGCCACAACAGGGGAGAAGUCGGAUGUGUUGAUUCAUAUUGCUAAUGGGCCAAAGAAAAGUGAUGCAGCUCAAGCGGUGAAGAAAAUGAGGAUUGAGGAAAUUGAAGAUGAUGAUGCGGAAAUGGUUGAGGACUAAAGGUCUUUGACCUUUUGAGUGUCUCCUAUGUUCUUCAGUUUCUGUUUUUAGAGUGGGAAGAGAGUCUGUGCUCUGUUUUGGUUUUUGGAUUGUAUAAAAAUGGCGAAGCUGUAAAAUCUACCUUUAUUACG